CAAGUUGUUGCUCUUCUCUCUCUCUCUCCUUUCUUCACCCUAUACCCACACCCACACCCACACCCCCUUUCUUCCAAAGUUCGCACCUUUCAGACACCCUCAUGGACCGCGUACCCAGAACCGCAAACGGGUCGGGUCCGUUGUCCGGUUCAGGCGACUGGAGAGACCCGGAAAAGCUGAGCAGAAUGAGCAUCUCCGAGCUGAUUUUCGAGUUGCGAGACUCGUUCCGGAAGAGCGAUUUCGACCGAGUUGAGGAGACCCUGUUGGCCAGGGAAGCGAAGCUGAAGGCGGAGAUUGAAGAGCAGAGGAAGGAAAUUGUGUUGCUCCAAGAGAGGUAUCAUCUGGAGAAGUUGGAUAAGAUCAAUGCUCAGUUGGAGUUGAAGAUGGUCAUGCGAGAAAAGGGUAAGGGUGUUGUUAAUGGGUUUGGUUUUGAUGGUACGAAUGUGAAAGAUGAAUUGGGGUGUGAAAGUAGCAAGCUUGAAGGUUUGAAGAAGGUAAAGGUUGGUGAUGGGGAUGCUGGUGCUGUUGCUGUUGCUGAAGUGAAAGAGGAAAAGGUUGAGAAACCAAGCAAGAAAGAUGGUCUGGGUGCUUCAGCUGUAGGAAAAUUGGCAAUGGGAACUGUAAUUGAAAUAGAAGACAGUGAUGAAGAAAUGUACGAUUCACAUGCAACAUUGAAUGGAAAAGAGACUACUUCAUGUAUUAUUGCAGAUAAUAAGCAUCUAGUUUCAUCAGGAGCAGUCCAGGAAAACCUCGCAACAAGUCUGGAUAAAUCGAUUGGAACUCUCAAAAGAGGAUUUUUCACUUCUGUUGGAUUCAAUACAAAUAUCAAUAUCUUGGAUGGCUUAGAUAGUGACAGUUCCUCUUCUUGUUCCAGUUCCUCUUCUGGUUCACUUGAUAUUGAUAAUCUCCCUUUGACAUCUGUUACAAGCAAUAAGAAGAUGAGAACUAUGCAGUCACUCUUGGAUAGAAACUCUUAACUAGGGUUAAAAGGCAAAUGGCCUAGACUUAUAGAUAUGGAAAAAGUAUUUGUCUCAGAAACAUUUUGUUAUAUGGAUCACAAAAAGCAACACAAACUGGAUAUAGGAGAAAAAUAUGGGAGAAAAGUGGAUGGUGAAGUAUGGAUUUUGGGGGACAUGCGGGCAAUUUUUUAUGUAAAUCAUCAGGGUCUGUUAAAUGGGAGGCUUUUCUGUUUUCUGGUAUAUUGAAACUAAUGUAUAACAGUCAACUUCUCAUUCAAAGAAUGCACUAGUUGCUUUUGUACCAAGCA